CGAGCCAUUUCAGAGGCUGAAAGAGCAAAAUCAUCGAAUCCUUCAACGCGACUUCAAGGGGAGGAGGAGAGGCGGACGUAGACGAAAAAAAAAGAGGAUCAAUGGAACCUGCUCCUCGGAAUAUCGUAUCAAUAACAAAUGGAAUAGACCCGAGACAAGAGAGAGAGAGAGAGUGAGAAAGAAAGAAAGAGUCCUUAAGCGAUCAGCAGUGGCAAAGACAGAUCUCACUUUCGAGGAUUGACCUCCGUGUAGUGGAACAGUCAGCGGCGAAGCUUUGUUCCCUCUUUUGGGUUCAAUAUCCCAGGACCAAUACACAUCGGGAUGGCCAGCGAGGGAUUUUGAGUUCGUGAGUGAACAGUGCACGAAAUCCAGAGUGGCCAACGGAUCUUCCGUUCCUCAUUCUGUGAGUGUUCAAAGUUGAAAGCCAGCAAAUCGUGGCCGGAUUCAUGCGUGUGUCUUUGUCGAGAAACUGAAUAUUCGAUAUUUUGUUUGGGCAAUAAACAUAAUGUGUUUUGUCCGAUGGGAACAUUCACAGGACAUGUGAGACUAGGUGAACACGUUGCAUUUAAGCAAAGGAUUGCGUUCACGUUAUUAUUCAAGACCCAGGGUUCUGAUGAUUUGACCGAUACUCAGUUACGUCAUUGAGGAGAUCUUUGCAUCGGCGUCUGGAUCGUAUAUAACCAUCCUUGUCAUCAUGAGGAUCAGACACGUCAAUCAGGCUUGCCAAUUGAUUAUUCUAAGUUGCUGUACAAUGUUGGCCAUCACCGCGUCUGACAACGAAAACCAAGCAAGGCCAAGAGUCUUGGCUUGGCAAGAUCCAGAUGCUCCACAAUUUGAUUGGAACAGAGUUGAAAACCACACUGUUCAAAUGGGCGGAACAGCAUUGCUACCAUGUGUGAUUAAAAACCUGGGGAACGAAUCCGUGUCAUGGAUUCGAAUGAGGGACGCGUAUAUUCUCACCGUGGAUGAGGAAGUUUUCAUAUCAGAUCCCAGGAUUUCCACAAUUCACCAAGAUAACUCGCUUAGUUGGACUCUUCAGAUAAAGUCCGUUCAACCUGAUGAUGCAAGUAAAUAUGAAUGUCAAGUUAGCACUGAACCCAAGAUGAGCCAUUUCGUGGGUCUUCAAGUCAGAGUUCCCAAGGUUCAUAUCUUCGGAGAUCAGGAUAUAUUUGUGAAGUCAUCGAGUACUGUCCAUAUGAAGUGUGUGAUAUCGCAGUCCUUGGAGCCGCCCAAUUACAUCGAAUGGCGGCACAAUGAGCAACGCCUUUCACCCGGAUUGGGCGGCCACACCCGAAUUCAAGCCACUCCUCCAGAGCACAUUGCCGAAGGGACCACCAUGAGUACUCUGACCAUUCUAGAAGCCACAAAAUCGGAUAGUGGAGAAUACACAUGCCAUCCAGCCCAAAUGGACAAGGCCAGGGUCAUGCUUCAUGUUUUGGACACCGAUUAUCCCGCGGCCAUGCAGACCAGUGACAGCUGUCCGGGAUUAUUCUCCAGAGCAACCGUUGUUUUUUGUGCUGCUAUAAUGUGUGCCAUUUCUGUUCUUGCCGGCCUCUAAUUAUGUCACCCAAGGUUUUGACAGCCUCUAAUUCAAUAAAAGAGGCCAGGGCCAGUCUUCACGACCGAGACACAUUUCUCGCGACCCAUUGUCCGCUCACCAAGAUAUGAAGGCCAGCCACAUCGACUUAAAACGGAUGGAUCACAAGAAGGCCGAAGCUGAAAAAAGAGAGGAAAAGGCUUACAGACUUCUUUUCACCUCUGGUCAACAAACUCUAUGCUCGUUGACUUAGGUUCAA